UUGACCAAAAUUUCAGGCCCCAGAAGGAAAAGCAACUCACAAACAUUAGUUCUUUUGAUAAAGCAUUACUUUUGUUUUGUAAAUAAUGAGACAUAUUUUGCAUAUUGAACCACACCCUGAGAAGCCAGGAGGUAUGGUUCCUCAGAUUCAUUAAAAUGUAAAAGUUCUCUAAGGCCUGGUUAACAUUUGAUAUUAUUAUUUAAAUUCAUUGCCCUUUAGACUGAGACCAGUUAUUAAGAGGUUUCUAUUAGAAUAUUAAAUACUGGGCAAGAAACUGCUUUUGCUAAAUCAACAUGAGAUCAAAUUGUAUUAACGGUAUUAUUCCAAAUGUCAUGGACUCUUAACACUUCUUUACGCACAGGUCCAGUCACAGAAAAGGAAGAACCUCAAUUAAGUCGUUGUGACAGAUUGCGGUCUGAAAAGCAUAACUUUCUUAGAGGAUUCUCCAUAGAUCAAGGACAGCGACUGCGACGAAGAUGGACAUAUGAAAAUGAUGCAUCAGUAUUUAAAGGAACUGUACGUCAAUAUAAGCUGUCAAUCAAACAGAAGUAUGAGAGCGAGUGGAUCUCAUUAUCUGGCGGGCGAAAGUCAUUGUCUGCCCUGUAUAAUCAACCGGUGAUCAUUCAGGAAAAAGAAAAUGGCCGAUUUGAGAACAUCAGUUUGAACGAUCUGUUAAUCACAUGUACAAAAACUGUCAUUCUCCGAGGCGACUCUGGCAGCGGCAAAUCCUUCAUAGCACAGAAGAUCAUGUUUGACUGGGCAUCUGAACAUCUUUUUGAUAGUCAUUUUUAUCUAGUUUUUUAUCUGAGAUGUGAAGAACUGGUGUGUAUUUCUGAGGAGAUUAACUUGAUUGAGCUCUUGAGCUGCGGUUGUAGUUUAACAUCAGAUGAGAUCUCACGGAUACUACAGCAGUCACCAGAGAACGUGCUCUUCAUCAUUGAUGGAUUUGAGGAACUGAGACUCACACAGGACAUUUACGACAUGUCAACAAACAUUGAUCCACUUGAGAAAGCUUUACCUGGGGUUAUUCUAUGUGGCCUUAUAAGGGGAUUCCUCAUCCCUGAUUCCAAGCUGCUGGUCACCACCAGAACUAAGAACACAGUGAACAAGCUGCUGAAAGGACAACCAUGUCUCACUGAAAUCAUGGGUUUCUCUGAGAGAGGGGUGGAGAUAUCUUUACAGGAGAUAUUCAGCCCAGAGUAUGACUGUAUGAGAGCAAAUAAAGCCGGUCUAGAUGUAACAAAAGAACCGAAAACCACUACCUCCAUCUAUGGUGACUUUGUGUCCACUCUACUAAAGCAUCACUUCCAGGGUCAGCCUCCGUCUAUCCUUAACCUGCCGAUAAUUGGUCAGCUGGGAGAGAUAGGGAUGCUGAAACAUUCUCAGAGUCAGUCUGUCCCAACCUUGCUAAGGAGUCUGGGUCAGCUGGCAGAAAGGGGGAUGCUGGAACAGCAAGUGCUGUUUGAUGAGAAAAGUGUGAAUAAAAUCAUUUCAGACCCUGCUGACAAACUAUUUUUGUACAGGUUGCUCUCUAAGAGAAGAAUCCGUCAGGAGACGAUGUUCAGUUUCAUGCAUCACAGCUUUCAGGAAUUAUUCACUGCUCUGUACUAUGUCCUCCUGAAUGAAGAAAAGUCUCAGAUGAAAGUGAAGGAGCUGCUCAACACUGUAGAGAGAGGAUGGGCUUUGUCCUGUUGGACCGAUAGACACUUUUCAAUGGCAGAUGUAGGGAUAACACGUGCAAAGCUGUUGCAGCCUGUGAUUCUGUUCCUCUGUAGUCUCUGUAAGAAAAAAUUGCUCCCAUCGUUCCCUGAAUUGGUCAACAUGGCUGUCUCUGACAACAUAGAAACCCAACUUAAGGAAUGGAUCAAUCAGUAUUCACAGAGAUAUCAAAGUGAACACAUACUGUUCAUUUUCCAUUGCCUCUAUGAGCUUCAUGAGAAGACAUUCACUAGAAAGGUCUUGGAUGCUUUGGUUUUGAUAGAUAUGUCUAAUAUGCCACUGAAAACGAUAGACUGUUGGGUGUUGAAGUACUGCUUACAGUGCUGUGAACACAUCAGAAACCUGAAACUUCAUGUAACACCUGAUAAUCUGAAGAUGCUCCAACCUGUACUGUACCUCUGUAAAGAGCUGUGGUUGACCAUGGAGGACAUUUCAGAUAAUGUUGUUGGUUUGCUCUCAGCUGCUGCUGAAGGAAAGACUUUGAACAAGCUCAAUAUAAAGAAGCUUGACAACUAUGGAAACCGAGUUGGAUACCUCUCAGGAAUCUCUGUGUCUGUCAGAGAUGGAGACAUCACGUUGUCUAUUGGCACACCAGUCACAGAACUAACUGUAACCUCUCCUCGCUCAUUUAUUGCCAUCGUCAACUGGAUGAAAUCACAAAAUUUUCGUUCUGAUAAACAUACAGUGAAACUGUUGCCGUUCCUUAAAUCAUUUCCUGAUGUGAAGAAAGUCUGUCUGCAAAAAUCAGUUCUGACUUCAUCGCUUGCCAUUGAAAUCCUGUCCUUCAUUCAGGCCUGUCCCAGUUUGACUGAACUCAGUAUAAAUGACAGCGGAUGGAUAAUGUGGGAGCGCACUCAGUUCAUGGAGACACUGGAGAAGAUGGGUUGGUCUCUGACUGUCUGGGGGACAUUAGUGCUGAUCAAGCCAUGCGUGGAGAGAUGUACAGAAGAGAAGCUGAAGACAAAGCUGGAAAAGAAGACAGUGCCACUGGAAGAGAGUUCACAUUCUGUGUCUUGCUCAUCAUUAAAAGAUGAAUCAUCAUCAUCAGUACCCUCACAAAUUUGGACCAUUUCAAGAAGAACUGCAGUGCAAAUUAGCACAGGGUUGCAGUCUACUAAGAAUUCCUCAGAAGAUGCAGAAGCGUUCGCGCCAGAAUUGAGCGGCGAUAAAGACAAACUCAAGAAUACAUACAGGUUCAUGUGUGAACAUGCUGGUCAGUUUCGGUGCAGUCUGACCGGUCUUGUGUUUGUGAUGGAGGGUGAAGGAGAGGUGCUGUAUAGUGUGGACUCAUGGGAUCCUUGUCUGUUAUAUUGUUUGGGUCACAUGCGGCCUGCAGGACCUUUGUAUAACAUUGACUGUUCUGCAAAAUCAGUCUCACAACUACACCUUCCUCACUGUGUGAUAUUUUCUGAGGAAAAUAAGGAGGGUUUGGCUGUAGCUCAUUUCACUGGUGGUAAUGUAGAAAUAAUACCACCGCUUAAAGUGACAGAAACUCAUGCGAUCAUUGACAUUGAAGACCUUAGUCGUUUUGGACUGAUGUGGAUCAAAACAAAAUUUGGCUUUCCCAUUGAUGGCCAGGUUUUGCUCUUUCUUCGACCAGUAACUAUCGAACAGAAACAGAAAAUACUUAACGUCCACUUGCUUCCAGGGAAUGUUCCAGUAUCAGAGGUAUUGCCUUUCAAAUGUAUUGUUCCUUUUGUUUAUUUUCUAAACAACAAACUGAGUAUAUUUGAAUGUAUGUAUUAUUUCUUUUGUAUAGUCACUUUUUUUUUAUUUGGUUCCCUCCACAAGGUCCAGCAUUUGCACCACAAUAAAUCAUACAUAGAGACAAGUUCAAAAUGCAGUCUGUUUACUGACAAAGAAUACAGUCUGUGUUGUCAGCCAGAGGACUGUGAAGUGCAACCUAUGAGUGAGAUUUUUCAUCUUGAUAAUUUUGGCCCAAAUUAUCAUCCCACUUUUGAAGUGUUUCUGGAUGUAAAUAUUAGGGAGGUCAGACUGGGUGUUUUGGACAAAACUGAAAAUGGGAAAGUAUGGCACAGACGGCUAAUGCUUCCUACAGCACAGAGUAAAGGUGUAGAACCUCCUGCGCACAAAAUGAUCCCAGAAACUGAAUUUGUGAACACACAUGGAGAUAAACUCAUUCAGAGAGUUUCUUCGGCGAUGCCGAUUGCUGACAGUUUGAAGAGCAAAAACAUAAUUACUCCCGAAAUGUGGGACAAUAUUGAUGAUGCAGGAACAUCACAGCAGAAAAUGAGAUGCUUGUUGAAGGCUCUCGAAUCUGGAGGAGAUAGUGCAAAAAUAGAAUUUUGCAAACUGCUGAUGGAGAAUGAAUUUGCUCUAGUAAAUGAACUAGCACCUCAUUUAUAACAUGUGCAUAUGCAUGGAUUUGAUCUUAAAGUAAAAUUCACACUCAGAACUUGUUGUUGGUAGCGAGAGAUCCAGAUGUUUCUGUUUUCCAAAUUUAGAUUAAUUAACACCUGCUCAUGUUCACAAAGCAUGAUUUGUGAUGAGCAAAAACAU